AUGUCAUAUCAAAACCCUGCAAAUCCAAGUUCAAGCCUUGCCGAUAGGCCCCGGUUCGACAUAAUCGCCUGGUACCCCCAUUACCAGUCAUGCCUCAAAUAUUUUCUAAACACCGCUCAACACUCUUAUCCAUGCCAAGCCCUUGCCGCAUUCCUUAACAUCCGUUUGCCGUAUCAACAGUCUGAGCCAGCGAACGAGUAUGUCAACAUGCCGCCCGCUUCGCCCGGCACAUCAGGAUCUUCAAGAACCAGAAAUCAAGUCUGGGUGUCUUUGAUUCCAUACAUCCGAAGGCUUGUCGCUACAGGUUUUGAUAAGCCAGGUAUUUUGCACGGGUGGUUCGGAGAUGACUGGGCUUUGGGUAUCGGCCCAAUGCAUGAGAGCGAGAGGAGAAAUUUCUUGUUCGCAGCAAAGAGUGGUGGAUGGUCGAAUGUUAAGAAAGAAUAUGAUCAAGUCUCAGACGAGGCUAUUCCGUUCCUGCGACCGCUAGACAACGUUGGCGACGCAGAAGUCCGCGCAGCUGAAGCAUCUUGGAGUGAUUGGCUCGCACUGGAAGACUGGAUGUUCCCCACCACUGACCGACAGAAAUGA